AUGCCGCGUUUUAUGCUGUUUAUCUUCUCAACGCUGCUGGCUACUGUGUUCUUGAUGAUGGGGACGUAUGCGACGCCUGUUCCUGGGAAAGAACUGGAGAAGCGGAUUACUCGUGUUGGUAGAGGGACCUGGUACUACACAGGACGGGGCAACUGCGGAAAAUGGAGCAAGGAUUCUGAACCCGUCGUGGCGAUGAGCAAAGCCUUCUACGACCGCAAUAAAGGUAUCAACUGCGGACAGUGGAUCGAAAUUGUUGAGACCUCUAGUGGGAAGAAGGCAUUCGGUCAGCUGUGGGAUAGCUGUGAAUCGUGCAGAGAGCAAGAUAUUGAUCUUUCUCCAUCCCUUUUCCAGAAGCUUGCCCCACUCUCAAGGGGUGUGAUCACCGUCUCGUGGCAUUUCAUGCCCAGGGACUGGAGACCAUAA